AUGUCCUACCCACCAGAGUUCCUGAACAGGAUCGAUGAGUUCAUCGUCUUCAAGCGAUUGUCAAAAGAGGCUCUGCGAGACAUAGUUGACAUACGACUUAAGGAGCUACAGAGGCGGCUUCAUGAUCGUAGGAUCACGCUGGAGGUUGGGGACGAGGUCAAGACGUGGCUGUGUGAGAAGGGGUAUGAUCCUCGAUAUGGUGCUCGACCGCUCAAUCGGCUGAUCUCAAAGGAGGUUGGUAACAGCUUGGCGGACAAGAUCAUCAGGGGCUUAGUCAAGAGUGGCGAGGCAGCACGAGUUAUGGUGAAAGAUGGCGGAGAGCACCUCGAGGUCAUAGCUGGGUUGUGA